UAAAGCACAUGAGACAUAAGUAAUUAAUGCAGUGUAUGCAUGUUUAAUGAAAUUUGAAGCGACUUUUACUUUCGCAAUACAAAUAUGUGUCUGUUUACCUAAGCGAAACGACGAAAUAUAAGCAUAGAACGUCUUCUCAGCAGAUAUAAAAAAUGGGAGCUUCAGAAUCUUUAAUAGUUGAUGGUACCAUAGAAUCUCCACGACAGCCUCAAAAUGGAACACGUUUUGACCAAGCAGUCAUAACUGGUAAUUUGGCUAAUGUAAAAGCAGCCUUACAACAACCGAAUGUUGACAUCAAUAAACAGUAUCAACUUGGAAACACAGCUUUAUAUUAUGCUUGCACUCGAGGCUAUGAUAGUAUUGCUGAGUACCUGCUACAGAAUGGAGCUAGCAUGUGUAUCGCCACCAACAGCGGUUUGUUACCAAUACACGCGACGGCGUGGACGGGCCACGUGCACGUAAUGCGAAUCCUAAUAAAAUAUCAUGCAGAUGUUAAUAUAAACAGCAAGAAAAUGAUGUGUCCUUUGUUCUUAGCUUUAAGAAACGGAAACGUAGAUUGUGCAGAGCUUUUACUUGAGAAUGGAGCUGAUUUAAAACGUAUGAGUAGGUUAGAUGACCUAUUGGUAAAAGCUCCUUGGAAUGGUGAUGAAAAAGUUGUACAGUUUUUGAUUAGGCAUAAAAUAGACGUCACUGCUCAAGUGGGUAAAAAGGGGAAUCAUAUGAUCCACCUUGCUGCGUGGAACGGGCAUUACAAAAUAGUGUCCUUGCUUCUUGAUCAAGGGGAAAAAGUUUCGUGUAAGGGUCACGCAGGACUGACCGCUCUUCAUAAUGCGACUUUAAAUAAUCACCUUCAAACUGUGGAGUUUCUUUUGGAUGCUGGUGCAGAUAUCAGUUCUCAAAGCGACUCUUUUCUGCAGCAGCCCCUUCACUUAGCAACAUCAAAAGGUCAUUCAGACAUCGUAAUUGCUUUACUUAACCAUGGCGCAGAUAUUUCUGCGCGCGACAAGAAUGGGUUAACACCUUUACAUUACGCAGCUAGUAAGGAGAAUGCUGACAUCAUCAAAAUAUUAAUAAACUUUGGUGCUGAUAGAUUGGCUAAAACAUUGAAGGGAACACUACCCGCUAGCUUGGCGAAAACUAAAGAAAUAAAAAACUUGAUCAAUGCUAUGGUCACCACGCCUUGCGUUAAUAGCCCCGCGGCUUCGAGUGUAACCAUGCCUUCUGCUCCUCCAAUGGAGUUUUUACCCAAGGACAGAACUCUGUGCCCUUCAAUCACAAUGCAAAUCACUCGAAGCAGAAAUUGAUGAAAUAAGCAUAGAAAUCCAAUCUCUGCAAGUUAAAAAUGACAAAACAUCAAAUUUGGAAUGUCCACUUUGCUUCGAAAUACCAAAACCACCGAUGAAAGUUUUUCAGUGUGAAGAGGGUCAUAUGUUUUGCGAAGGUUGUGCAUCGUAUGGUAUAACACAUUGUCCGGAAUGUCGAGUGCGUUUGGGGGACAAAUUUAUUCGCAAUCGUAGGUUAGCGGAAAUAAUAAAGGAAACGUAUUAACCCUAUUCGGUCCGGGGUUUUUAGAACAUACUAUGACCGGGGGGGGGGGCGGAUUCCGCCCCCCCUCAAUAACUUUUCAUAGGAUUGUUCAAAUUGAAUCAAACUUGGCACACUUAUAGUACGUCAUAAAAGGAACAAAAUGGCGGCAAUAAAUUUUUGCUUGCGUCAGCACAUUUUCUGUGACGUCAUCAGAAGCUUGAAAAUUGUUAAAAAUGCCACUAUCUGCUUAAAAUAUUAUUACUUUUGUUCUAGAGCGAAUUUUUACAUUCUGUUUGAAGUUUCUGAAAGCUAAAUAAAUUUUUUUUAACAUAUCUUCCAGUUUUUACAUGGAACGGAUAAAAAAAUGCCAAAAAUUGCCCGAAAAUCCGUUUUUUUCCGAUUUUCGUGUAAAAUCCGACAAAACCGGGAAAUCGAAUUAGUCACGUGUCAAAAUUAUUCAAAAUGAUUCUUCUUGAUGAAACAAAGUUGUGUUGCAAGUUUCAAGUUAUAAGGAUAAUCCUAACAGGAGUUAUUAUAUUUUCCCCAUUAUAAGGAUUUCAUAGAGAUUUUAGGGGUAGUUUCGAGUAAUGGCCAAUAUCAAAGCCUUUGAAAGGUAUGGGACCUAAAAAUUUAGCAUGCAGGUGUCUAAUAGAUAAAUGUUGAAACUUAGUAAGUAUCAUAGCCAUAUAAGAAAGCAAUCAGGAGUUAUUAAAAAAAAACCGUCAGGGGGGGGCGGAAUCCGCCCCCCCCCCCCGGACCGAAUAGGGUUAACAUUGAUUUACGAUUUUGAAACACGGAAUUGUGUAUAUAUCUUUUUUAUUUAAAAAUUAGUUGUAAGAAAGGGAGAAGAAAUGCACUUAAUUUGAAAAUUUUUAAAAAAACAGUUUUACAAUGCGUGUCCGAAAAUCUGAAGACUAAUGAACUGUUAUAAAUCGUUUGAAAUUCGGCUAUCUGAAAUACAGUAAAUUUGGUAUAUUCCUGAUUUUGUUUUGACAUCGAAAAGAAACUUGAACUUCCUCAGCCCUGUGUAAGAGGUGUUUUGGAUGCAGAUUAGCUUUUCAGAAAUAUGAAACAUGUUUCAUAUAUGUCUUGUUAUUAGUUACUUUGAUAAAAUACAAGAAAUGUCUGAAAUUUU